AUGACGACUGGAAUGCCCGAGCUGGGCUCAAAAAUAAGUCUAAUAUCGAAGGCUGAUAUUCGCUAUGAAGGUCGUUUAUUUACAGUUGAUCCUACAGAGUGCACAAUAGCUUUGGCGUCCGUUCGCUCAUUUGGAACUGAAGAUCGUGAUGCUCAAUAUCCAGUCCCUGCCCAAAACCAAGUAUAUGAUUAUAUACUGUUCAGGGGUACUGACAUCAAGGACAUCAGAGUCACGAACAAUGUGUCCCAUCCACAACCACUCAAUGACCCUGCUAUUAUGCAGCUUUCAGUUCCACCAUCACUGGGAGGUCAAACCUUCCAUCAGACUCAUCCAGUUUUGGGUGCAAUGGGUCCUCAAAUGGGUCAGUUUCCUGGUGCAUAUGGUGGCAUUGGUACCAUUGGAGCAAUAGGCACUGGAGCUAUUGGAACAUCAUUGGGCAUGCAGAGAGACAACAGGGGUUUGAACAAUUCAAAGCCAAGUGAGUUAAUAUUGGGAACUAGUCCCCAGUCCAAUACUGUGAAACCCCCAGUUCUUUCCCCCACUGGUAUUCAACCUAUUCAGCCUAAUAAUCAUGCUUCUGUUUUAGAUCUUAUUGGUGGCUCAAGAAGUACCACCCCUGCCAGCCUCAGUUCGAGAAAAUCACCAACUAAUGAUCAGGGAGUUCAAGCGGGAGGGUCAGGCCACAACGAGAAGAGAGUUGUGCAGCCAAUUCAACCUCCCAAUCAAAGAAACCAACAGAGACGGAGGUCAAGGGAAAGGAGAGAUUCUAGAGAGAGAAAUGACAACCAACAGCAAAACAGACAGCCCAUUGGUCGAUCUCAACAGAAUAAUGCCCAAUACAGUUACCAACAUCAUCAAGGUGGAUAUUCAAACCAACACAAUCAAGGAUACCAACAGCACUAUCAACAGCACCCCAGAGGUAAUUGGGUGAACAAUAGGGGUCCAAUGAGGAUGAGAGGCCGAGCAAGGGGCCCAGGCUACAGAAACAACAUUGGUGCUGGUGGAAAUAGAUCAAGAAAUACCUUGAAAUUUGACAAUGAUUAUGAUUUUGAGCAGGCCAAUACUGAAUUUGAGGAACUUAGAAGUCAGCUGGGGAAAUUAAAAAUUGAUGAAGUUGCAAGUGCAAGUGUAAGUACCAAGAGUGAUGUGAAUGGAGAUGUGGACAAAAAAGAUGAUUCUGGAAAUGAAACAGGUGCUGGAGAGACUGAACAAGAGGAGGAACAUGAAGUAUAUUACGACAAGAGUAAAUCCUUCUUUGAUAAGAUUUCAUGUGAAGCAGUAGAACGAGCUAAAGGAAAAUCUCAGAGGACUGACUGGCGUGUGGAACGUAAAUUGAACUCCGAGACAUUUGGAGUAGCAGCUGCAAGAAGAGGAAGUUACAGGGGUCGAGGUGGAUUUAGAGGAAUGGGCUACCGAGGAGGAUACCGUACAAACAACUACCGACAACCCCAACAAAAUCAGCGUCGUGGUGGAGGACCUAGCAGUGAUAAUCGACAGACAUCCCAGCAGCAACAACCAGCACAACAACCACAGCAGCAGCAGCAACAAGUGAAAUAGAAGAUCUGACCAGGAACACCUGACACUAGAUUGAGAAAAAAUACACAAUAAGUGUUUUAGUUAUAUAAAAAUACAACAAUCUGUGAUGGAGUGAGUUUGUACUACUAGAAAAAUGUUUUUGUUAGAUUUACAAGUAUCGCGCGGAUUUAUUCUACACAACUAUAUCGGUUCACACUUUAAUUGAGCCAAAAUCUCAUUGGUGUUUAGAAAAAAGCUGCGGGUCCGGCUCAACUCGUUUACUGAUCGGUAUUUGUCUUUCCAACAAAAACGUUAGAAAAUUGAAAAAGAGAAAAGAAACAAAAAUUUGUCCUGGUGUCAGUAUUAAGAUUUUAGACUUAUAGCGAUACGCAUUUUGAUAUGUCCCUAAUUUUGAUCGUUUUUAUAUAUCGCGAAUCGUCUUUUCAAUUCCAAUCAAGCGUUGGUUUAUAUACCACAAAUCAAAAAUUCGGUAUCGAAAAAAUACUAAAUAAAGUUAACAAAUUUGUAGUAAUUUUUUAAUAAGUAUUUUUAAAAUGGUUAAAGUGGGGGACAAAGAAAAUGCUACUACGAUUUUUUAACACCAAAAUAUUAAUGGCACCAACUAGGUCCCUCUUUUUGUGUGUUUAGCGAUUGAUAAUAGACUGUAAAUGACGUGUUUUGAUUAUUUUAUAUAUGUUGCCAAAAUGGAGAGGAUAUUAUAAAAAAAAUCUUUAGAAAUUAUAUAUAUCUAAUGUUUACAAAAAGUUUGGCAACCCGUAACAAUUUUGAUGCAAAUAAUUUCACAAAAAUUCUAAAUUAUAUUGAGAUGAAAUUAGUUAUUAUGGGUUUUAGGAAUAGUUGAACAGUUCAUUAUGACUCGUUUAGAGUCAUUAUGAAGAUUUAAAAGAUGGUGUGUCUUUAUUUAUGAAUUGUAUUCUUACCUUUUUUGAUUAAAUUUUAAUGACACAUAGCGAAAGUGUCACCACAGUGACUAUUUCAACAAGAUUAGACAUCAGCAAACUUGUAAGAUCUGCGUAUACAGUAUCAUCUGUGAUCCAUAAGGAACUUUAGUUUAAAUUAAACGGAAAAAGACAAUUCAAUUUUUUGAUAUGUAUACAGCUAACUCCAAACUUGAUAUAUGUCCUAUAAUAGGAAAUCUAUGUAGACUAUUUAUGAAAAUAAAAAUUGUAUGUUUAAAGUUGUAUACACAAACGAAGAAUAGCAAAAAAGUGGCGUUUAAAAAUAUAAUAAAUAUACAACUUAACAGCAAUAUGGUAAUAAGAGAUACAAGAGAGUUAAAAAGUCACUUGAAUCUUUUAAGCCUACUAGAUUUUUCGUAAACAUUGGAUAUAUUAAGAAAAACACCUUACACAUUAUGAAUAAAAGAUGGCGUAAUAUUUAUUUUUUGUUUAUAGAUAAUAAUUAUGUUUUAAUAAUUUAAGUGUAUAGAAAAAUGACUUUUGGUGUCUUUCUUUUUUUCUUUAAUGUGAUUGGUGUUCUUCGAGAUAAUUAUAGCUAGAAUGCUUCCAAUAUUCAUACAAUUUAAUUGUGAGACUAAUAAAUGAUUGGGUUGAUAGAAAUGUAAAAAGCACUUAACUUAAAACAGAAGCGUUUUUCCAUUUGCAAGGAAAAGCGGAUUAAAAACUUGGUUCUUCUCUAUCCUUUGUGCAAUUUGUAACAAAACCGAAUUUGAUCUACAGAAAUGCCGUCGAAGAGUUGAUGUAUUUAGUAUUCUAUUAGUUUGGGAAAGGAAAUAGGAUUGUAAUUUUCAAGUGAUUUUAGUAUUAUACUUUAAAGUUUCAAGUAUCCUCUUUUAGUUAAAAUAUAUCCAUUUGUUAUUUAUUUGGGGAACGAGUUAUUAUUGUCUGGUAACUAUUUAAAUAAGUUAGAUAUUUGCCUUCAUCUUAAGUACCUGUGUACGUCAGGUCAUGUCGGUAUGUCAAUUGGUAGACAUUAAAAAUGUUAAUUUUUAGCAAAACCUGCGAACACAAUUACCGAGGCCGUUUAAUGUCAUGAUACUUAUCAGAAAUAUUAUAUUUCAAAAUAUCUAUUGGUGAACCCUUCCUUACCCCAUAUCAAAACUCUCGAACACUUUCCUAUACAGUAAUCAAGUGUUACAAAAAUUAAAAGCUCUUUGCAUUUUUUUAUUCAGUCGUAAAUGAAUAAAUCUAAAUAAAUUAUCCUUGCAAUUGGAAAACGCACUCUAAAACUAAUAUUAAAUGGUUUGUGAAAUAAAACAUGUUAGACAUACUUUUUCACCAAAAUAGAGAGCAAACCAAGAUUUUGUGUGAUGACGCUAUGAAAUCGAAUUACUGAAUCUGUCAAUUUCGUUUUUUUGUAUUGAAGGUAGUUGGUGCUGGAUUAAAUAAUUUAAUCUCUCAACAGAAGCCAUUCACAUCAUAGCAAUUUCGGAUGAUACGAGAAAAAAAUAGAAGUAUUUAUGUAUAUUUUUAUUGGCUCUAGAAAAUUGUGAGAAUAUUCUUUUUAUACUGUAGCUUACGUUGUGUGAAUAUGAAUUUAGUUUAUGGAUUACGUACUUGAGUUCUUAUUGGAAACACGUGAAAGUGGUAUAAAGGCAGAUUUAACGAAAAUUUUUACGGAAAUCUUUUGUUUAUACAGUUUUACUUUGUAUUUAUGAAAUUACUAAAAAGAAAUUGUUGUGCGGGAAUCGGGACAGUAAUUUCAAUGCGUGGCCUUUUACUCUUUCUUAGAAAUGUUAUGUUUAUUUUGAUAAUUUGUUAUUUAUAACCGGAUAACUAUUACUAUAGCAUGGACUUUUGUUUUAUUAAGGUCAUUUUGAAAUAAAAUUAUAUGGAAAU